AUGCCAGUUAUUCGUGCUGCUACAAUAGGUCAGCCAUUACCGACAGAGUCCCUGAAUCUACCUUCCCCUACAUGUUGUAUGAAAUGCCAUGCUAAAAAGUUUGCAUUUGAGACUUUGAAGUUUUGUUGUGCUGACGGAGAAAUAAGAAUUGCAGCAAGUGAGUAUCCUUCUGAGCUUAAGCGAUUGUUUUCUUCUACGGAUGAAGAUGCAGAACACUUUCAGACUUAUGCUAGGUUAUACAAUAACCUAUUUGCUUUCAGUUCCAUAGGAGGGGAUUUUGAUGCAAGUACAUAUAAGGGCAUAUAUGUUUUUAAGAUGCAUGGGCAAAUGUACCAUUUUGUUCCAGAUUUAUUACCUGAUAAAGGUUGUCCAAGGUAUCUGCAGCUGUAUUUCUAUGAAGGGCAGCAUGAAGCUCUGUUAGAUCAGCGUGUCUAUAAUGCGCCUGCUGUGGAUGAUGUUGUUGUUAUAUGGCCAGAAAAUGCUUCGUCCAGUCAGAGUUUAGGCCCUCAUAUCAUAGUUACUGGUAAAUCUGAUGAGCCUCAUAGAAUUUAUCAUAACUAUGGUUGUUAUGAUCCAUUGCAGUAUCCCUUAUUAUUCCCUCAUGGAGAAUGUGGGUGGACACAAGGAUUAAAGAAGCAGUCUCACGGUGGUGCAAUACAGGCUGUUUCAUUGCCAGAUCUUAUUGCUUCUUGUGCUGUGCACAGUUCAGAAGACUUGCUGAAUGAAGAAGAUAAACGAGCACGUAGGAAGCACACUAGUGCAGAUAAGUUUAUCUCUCCUAGGGAAUAUUAUGCUUAUAAGUUGCAAAUUCGACCUGAAAAUUGGUUGCUGCGAGCUGGCAGGAUUUUUCAGCAGUAUAUAGUUGACAUGUAUGUUAAAAUUGAGAACACUCGCCUUGAUUACUUUCGCAAUAAUCAGGAUAGUAUACGGGCUGAACUAUAUCAAGGUAUUCUAGAUUCAUUGCACUCUAGAGAAACUGUUGCUUCAGAUGUAGGACGUAGGGUGAUUUUACCUCCAACAUUUAUUGGAGGCCCUCGAGAUAUGAAGAAACGUUAUCUCAAUGCUAUGGCUUUGGUUCAACGAUAUGGAAAACCUAAUUUCUUUGUUACUAUGACUUGCAAUGCUAACUGGCCUGAAAUUAAGGCAGAGUUAUCACCUGGUGAGACAGCCCAAGAUAGGCCUAAUUUAGUGGCCAGGAUUUUUAGAGCAAAAUUACUUGUAUUGAAAAAAGAGAUAAUGGACAAGAAAGUAUUUGGUGAGGUAACUGCUAUGGUGUAUGUUGUAGAGUUCCAGAAAAGAGGAUUACCCCACGCUCAUUUUUUAAUAAUUUUGAAAUCAGAGUGGAAAAUGAAAUGUCCUACUGAUUAUGACAAAUUUGUGUGUGCUGAAAUACCAUCUGCUUCUAAUAGUAAGCUGCGUAAGACUGUUCUUGCACAUAUGAUGCAUGGUCCUUGUGGUAGUUUGAACCCAGAUUGUCCAUGUAUGCGUACAAGAUAUGGUGUUCAGACCUGUAAAAACAAGUAUCCUAAGCAAUUUGCAGAUGAAACAACUAACAAUAAAGAUGGUUAUCCUAUCUACAGAAGACGUGAUACUGGUGAAAGGGUGAAAAUACGUAGUACAUAUCUUAAUAAUCAGUGGGUUAUUCCUUACAAUCCUUAUCUUUCUUCAUUGUUUGAUUGCCAUUUGAAUGUUGAGGUUUGUUCGACUAUAAAAGCAGUAAAGUAUUUGUAUAAGUAUGUGUACAAGGGUCAUGAUAGGGUUUCAUUUAAUACAGUACCUGUACUUCCUUUGCAAGUUCAUCUGCCUAAUUCACAGACUGUUCAUUUGCAUCCUCAUGAGAAAUUGCGUGUUGUUGUUGCUAAUUCUAAACCGGUUGAAGGUGGAACAGGGCACCUCUACCGUGAAUUUUAUGAGCACUACACAUGGGAAGCAAGUAAGAAAGAAUGGAAAAAAAGGGUUCAAGAUAAAUUUUGUGUUGGACGUUUAGCAUUUGUAUAUCCUGCAGAAGGAGAACGCUUUUUCUUAAGAUUGUUGUUGCUCCAUGUAAGAAGCCCAACUUCAUUUGAAGACCUUCGAACUGUGAAUGGGCAUCUAUAUUCAACUUUCCAGGAUGAAGCCUUGAAGCUAGGAUUAGUAGAACAUGAUGAUGCUGCAGACUUGACACUGUGUGAGGCAUCUGGGGUGUAA